AUGUCGUUGCUUCGCCGAUCCUCUCGCAGCUUGGCUCACGCGCCUUGCUCCGGGGGGCCGCCGCGUCGCGAGCGCCAAUGCAGCGACUCUACUCGACGCCGGCUGCGCCAGCAGCGCCGGAAAGUCGUCGCGUACCACCUGCUCGUCUCGGCCGCGCUCGUGUUCUUGAUCAUCAUUGUGGGCGGUAUUACGCGUCUGACCGAGUCGGGUCUCUCCAUCACCGAGUGGAACCCCGGCCUGAAGGGCAUGCGGCUGCCGCAGACGGACGAGGAGUGGCAUGCCGAGUGGGACAAGUACAAAGAGUCGCCUGAAUUCAAGAUGCUGAACUCGAAAAUGACGCUGGACGACUUCAAGUCGAUUUUCAUGUGGGAGUGGUCUCACCGCAUCCUCGGCCGCUUUAUUGGUGCGUUCUUUGUGGUGCCGGCUGCCCUAUUUGCGAUGCGCCGUGGCAUGACGACGCGCAGCACGCGCUGGAAGCUCUUGGCGAUUGCAGCGGGUAUUGGUUUCCAGGGCUUUUUGGGCUGGUACAUGGUCGCUAGUGGCCUCAAGAACCCGUACGAGCUGGAGCCAGUUUCGACGCAGCCGCGUCCUGACUGGACGCCGCGCGUCGACCACUUCCGUCUGGCGGCGCAUCUCGGCACGGCCUUUGUGGUCUACAUGGGUAUGGUGUAUACGGCUGUGGAGAUCCUGCGUGAUGCCUCGGUGGCCAAGAAGCUCAAGUCGGCGUCGCCGGCAGAAAAGGACCAUGUGCUCGCAACGUUCCUGCGCAGUCUGCAGAACCCGACUACGCGUCGCUUCCGCGGCGUAGCACUGGCGAUGCUCGCGUUCACGUUCACGACAGCCAUGUAUGGCGCAUUUGUCGCAGGCCUCGACGCGGGUCUCGUGUACAGCGAGUUUCCUUUCAUGGGCGAGCGCCGGCUGCUACCGCCGAAGGACGAGCUCCUGGACCCCCGCUAUGGUAUCCGCAACGGCCUCAAGCCAUCGACUGAUACCCAGCUGGUGUUCGGCAACGUGACGCAGAACCCGGUCACCGUGCAGGCCAUCCACCGCUACCUGGGUCUGUCCACACUGGGUCUCAUGUUCGGGUUUUUGUACUACGCCAAGCGCGUCAAAGAAAGCCUGCCCAAGGCGGCACCUCGCUUCGCCACGGGCGCCGCUCACAUGACCGGCUUGCAGGCGUUGCUGGGUAUCACGACGCUCAUCUACAUGGUACCCAUCCCGCUUGCGUCGCUGCACCAGGCCGGCUCAGUGGUCGUUCUGACGAUGCUCACUUGUGUAUUGGCUGUGACACGCAAGCCGAGCCAGGCCUUCCAAGCCUUGGCCAAAGCGCGUCAGCACGCGACGGCCGCGGCCCGCCCCUAG